UUAACUAAUUUGCAAUAUUGUUGACUUGCUAGUGUCACACACCUGUACAGGUUUAAUGCGGUUAAAAUACGUUAGCGCUCCGCUUAAAGUGGUUGUAGUGAUAUCUUUAAAGCUAGUUAGCUAACAGCUAACAGCAACAACUUAUUAUUAACUUAGACGGUAUUAGUUUAUGCUGGUAAACUUUCUCUGCUAUGGAGCUGGAUAUUCGUCAGUAUCUCACCAAGGCAAAGGAGCAACACGACUCCGGAGCUCUGCAGUCAGCUUACCAUUUAAUCAAGGACAGCCCAGCAGCUGGAGCCAGCGGACUAACACCAAGCAUUCCCCCAGAGCUGCAUGUUGAUUGUGCGGAAACAGCUCUACAGCUGGGCUGUUUGGAGAUAAGCGCAGUGUGUCUAAAGAUGUUCUUUGAAGGGAAUCCGCCGGCUAAUCAAUUUUUGUGUCGAGCCUACCUCUGCCAGGGCCAGCUGAAGUCUCCGCCGGCCACUGGGAGUGUGGAAGACUUUGAGGAGGCUGUGCUGUAUUUUCUCAAAGCUAUUGAAAUUUCAAAGCAGGAUCCAAGAUACAACUUUUUAGUCUUCAAUGCAUCAGUGCUGUACUUCCAGACAGUGCGUCCUCUCCUGCAGCCGGGGCGGUGCCUCCACCUUGUACCCUCCCUCAGGCAGGUGGUCCAGAGUCUGGAGGAGGUAGCAGACCAAGACCACAGCUGGAGAGCUCAACUCAUGAUGCAUCUUAUCAAAUGCCUCGUGGACUCUGGGAAAAUGGAAGAUGCUGCAAGUUUUGCCAAAGAUACAGAAAAAUUCAUCAAGUCACAUACACCACAUCUUGUUCCAAGACUCUUUAUGUUACAGGUACAACACAAGCUGAAAGAAGCUGAUGUCCUCAUUGAAAUGAGCAGACAGUGUGCUCCUUUGACAGUCAUUUACAAAAUACAGGAGUUUAAAAACAGGUUGGAAGAAUUAAAUGAAAAGGGAUCAACAAAAGAGGAGCUCGAGCAGAUUUUUCACCUUCUGACGGACUGUACCAAAGCAUCUGCUACGCCUGUGAACUCCAGUCCUCUUCAGAGCUCAACACCCAUCCAACCAGCUGACAGAGUUGCCUUCCUCCUGGAGUUGGCUCUGCUGGCCUUGCAAGCGAAGCAUCAGGAUGUAGCUGUCGAGUGUGUGAAAGAGCUGAAGUCGGCGGGAGAGGCUAGUGUUGGCCAACGCAUAAUAAUGGAGUGUAUCAGCUGUGAAAACAACCUUCUGAAGAGAGAGGCGAAGAUGAAUGACUACUCCAAAGCCAGUGUGGAGGCCCGGCUGAAGGAGAUAGGCAAGCUGGAUCAGUGGCUGCAGACUGCAGUGGGGGAGGGGCACCCUGAGGCCAUGCAGGCAGUGUGUGCUACCCAGUGGAACUUCUGUCUGCCCCUUCUGCAGCACAACCUCAGGAAACGCAUCAAGACACCUCUGCUCAGGCUGGCCCAGGCACUGGAACACAUGCAGAGUAUGUUCCUGGAGAUGCGCUGUCAGGUCCACUCAGAGCUGGCAGUGAUUGAAGAGGAGGAGGGGCGCCUCCAGGCUUCUUUGACUCACCUCCACAAAGCCAUGCAGCUGGAUAACGGGACACAACGAGAACGUCUGUCGUCAGCUUUCCGCCUCCUGCAGCUCAGAGGGACCCUCUACCAAACGCCCUCCAGGGCCGAAGAUAAAGCCGCUAUGCUAAUGCAGCAGGCCAGAGACAUGGAGCCCCGAGACCAGACAGACCGCCGUCCCGUCCUGGUUGCUGUGGGUCUCCUCUUGGCCCCCGAUGACUUCCAGAUGGUGCUGGAUGCUGACAACACCUCCAAAAUUCCCGUAGGCACUCCUGGAUCUGGACCAGUGGCUCAGCUGGCUGCUAAGGCUCAGCAUCACUCUGCAUCUGUACGGAGGCUAGAGGGACACCUGGCCACACAGGGACAUGAUGCAGACAACACAGAGAGGGUGAAGUUGUGGGCAUCGCUGGUGAAGACGGCUAGGAAACUGGAAGUUUGGGACGUGUGCCGAGCCGCUUGUCGAUUCUGCUUGCUUUACGAUGAUGGGAGAUGGAUGGUUUCCAAGAGUGACAGAUGUAAAUGCUCGGAGGAAGAAAGCUGUGCAGAAUGUCUUCACGGUUGCAAUGGAAGCCAGAAGUGUGAGAGGGACUUACUGCGCCUUCUAGCUGGAAUCUGCUUCAUCAGUGCUGAGGCCACUGUCCAGAAGCUGAGAACAGAAGGAUUUCAGCUGAACAGCCCUGUCGUCCCCUCGGUGAAAAGUGAGGUGUGUGUGUCUGAAGAGGACCCACACUGGGUGGUUUACAGAGACUGGAUCCAGGGUUUGUCUGCCUACGCCACCUCCAGCUUCUUGCGGGCAGCAGAGCUCGGGGCAGAGAUCAGCGAGCCGUGGCUGGCGGCAAAUUCAGCCGUUUACCUGUGGAACUACAGCAGCCACCUGUUGGCGGCGGGGGAGUACCAACGCCUGCUGCCGACCUUUCAACGUCUGGUGGCGAUGCUCCAAAAGGCCGACUUCAUCGGGAGCCGUGCUCUGUUGGUGCUGCUGUGUGAUGCUGUGGCCCGGGGGCUGAUCCAGCCGCUGUGUGGACCAGACAGCGCCGAGUCAGCGCCGCAAGGAGACAAGAGCAGAAGCAGAGCGGAGAAAGGGACGGAGAAGGCCGCCAGCGUCCACGGAGCCUCCUUAGACCCUGAUGCUCUCCAGGAUGUCCGCAAGGCAUCCGAGCUGUGUGAUUCAGCCCUAUUGAUUUCCGCCUGCAACGUCCCAGGGGAGACGGUUCCAAUCGCAGCAAGGAAACAGGUGCUGGCCACAUGGGUGCAGAUCAAGAGGCUCUUGCAACAGCAGAUCGGCCCAAAGAUGGACACUAAAGAUGAGUGUGAGAAUGCGGACGUGUCAGCGAUGACGCGAGUGCUGGUCGGCGUGGAGAUGCUCCAGUGCAACAUGAACCCGAGGCAUAUGGAGUUCUCUGUUCCCAGUCUCUCCACACUGGUGGCCAUGGCGUCUGAUUGCAGCUGGAGUGACUCUGUGGUGGAGCUGCAGGUGUGGAGCCAGCUGGCCGCCUUCUGCCAUCACGCCAACGACCACAGCUCAGUGCUGCGCUGCACCAACAACGCUCUGCAGCUGGAAGAAGCAGCAGCAAAGAGCCUCAACACCACGCCUUGUCUUCUGUAUGGCCUGACUGCAGUGAAUGAGAUGCUGAGCGUUGCAGCUUGUUUAAAGGGUUUAAGUUUAGUCCAUGAGUCCAAUGGAGACCUGCACACUUACAGAAAGGCUUUGGAGGUGCUUCUGUCCAGUGUCAGCUACGCAAAGAAGGCAGAGAAUCCAGCACUGUGUGUCUCAGCUGCCAGGCAUUACUGGAACACAUGUCAACCCCUGACACAGACUCCCGAGGAAAGAUGGCAGCUCCAAAAGCCCCUGGAGAACAUCCUGAUUGCUCUGCUUCACACCAACACAAAACAAGCAAAUAAACAGGGCAAAGUGAAAGGCUCUCUGACCUUGACAGCGCUGCCACUUGGGAGUUCUAAACAUCAAGCAACAGAUGAAGGAGACCUCACCCUGAGAGCAGCCAUUUACAAUGUGUUGCUCCACAUCCACAUUGAUAAAACCGACUGGAAAAGUGCUCUGCAGCUGCUGGACCAAGCUCUGAGACACAUGCCUCGCACCGCACACCGGCUGCCUCUGCAGAAGCAGCGAAUACUGAUAAAAGCACGACUGGGGGAAAGUGUCCUAAUGGACAUGCAGAAGUUAAAAGACGAAGGAGAGCAGUGCUGUUCCUCUAUGUGGCACCAGGUGGCGCUGUGUGCUGACAGUAUCACCCAGCAGCUCACCUGCUACCAGAAAUCCAUCACCUCUCUGUUGAGUGCGGAGGCUCAGUGGCAGAAGGUCAGCCUCCUGCUGGAGUUUGGAGAGUGGCUCUACUGUCACAACUUCCCCAAAAUCGAUGCCCAACACCAGAUUCAGUGGGCCACAGACGUCCUUCUCCAGUUGGGAAGUGAACAGGAAGAAGAAGGAGAGGAUGACUCUAAAAAAAGGGGUUUGAGCUCAGUGAAGUGCCAGUCCCCGGUGGGAGUGCAGGGCUUGUUAUUUACGCAAAGUUUGUCAAAUCUGAAAGAGGUGCGGCGUCUUGACAGCUUGGUACGAGCUCACACUCUGCUGGCUGUCAUGUCAGACAAGACUUCACCUGAUCACCAGCUUAACCUGCUCAGAGCCUACGCCUUUGUUCUUCAAAUAUGGCAGGUUUCCAUGGCCGUGGUUUGUGACAUUUCCAAUGAGAUGGCAAAGAGCCAGCCGAGCCAGCCUCCCCCCUCUGCUGGAUCCAAAAAAGACAAAGACAAGGGCAAAGGCAAAAAAGUGAAAGAUCCUCCGCCUGCAGAAGAGAAACCUAAACCAGUCGUCCUGGAUGAGGCUCUUCCUUCCUCCUCUAAGGACUGGGCUGGCUUCGUCUGUCCUGACCCGGUCAGGCAGAUCUUCAGGACCAACACUAACCCCCACUGUAUCAAUACACACAGCAUUACAAAGCAGACUCAAAGCCUGUUUUAUCUCAACCUGCUGGAAAAAGAGCUUCAGCCCCUUUCACUGGACCACCUGACCCUUCCCAUAAUGCAUCUGGCUGAGACCAUUGCUCAUGACCUGUUGGACAGGAGGAGCCUCUCCAGCCUCUACCGCCUCAGAAUUGUGAGGACCUGUUGUCAGCUGGGUUUGGAGUCCCCGUAUCAGGAUAAGAUCCUCAAUCUGAGUGGAAUCCAGGAACAAGAACAGAUGGAGUGCCACAAAGUGAUUACUAUUUCUAAGGAGAGGAGAGGCCUUCACAAAGCUCACAAUCAGAGAGUCGUGAUGGAUGAAAGGGCUUGGUCGGGGCGUCAGCGUGUGGAUGUGUGUGCUCAGGACAUCUGGCUGGACAAGGCGGAGGUUUGCCUCAGCAUGGGGCUCUGUCAACCAGCCAGGCAGCUGCUGGCAGCCGCUCACUUUGUGGCGACGGAGCUCGUAGACCAGAAAGCAGUUUCUAGAAGUUUACUCAGUCUGGCCGUUCUGGCUUGUGAAGAGCAGAACUAUGCCCAGGCUUUGAUCCUGUUGGACAAAGCCCAGGACCUGGGUGGGGAUGAGGAGUUCUGGUACCAGCUCACCCUCACCAAGGUCAGAGCUGUAGGAGGCCACAGUGACCAAGAUGCUCACAGCAAGGUUGAUCAGAUUAUAAAACAAGGCUGUGGGGCUCUGAAGCUGGUUCUGGAGCAGAGGGUAAACCGAGUCCAGGAAAUCACAUUCUUGAUCACGUCAUUAGAGAUGAGAGGUGCUACUGAAUGCGUACGUGCCCUCGGUGGUGGUGAGCCCGGAGAGACACUCAGCACUGAGGUGGUCCAAAGACUAACAGCUGCCUGUGACAAACUCAGAGAGUGUUCCAGUGUUUUCACUGGACUCAGCUACAGAGAACAAGCAGCAGAGGCUGGUGGAGAGUACGCUCAUGGUCUGAGAACGCUAGCCAGCCGUUCUACCAACCCAGCAGAGAAACAGCGCUUCCUGCUCGAUGGCCUCUCCCAAAUGCAGCUCGCUGUCACAGAGCAGGAACAUGUGGUGCUGAAUGCUCAGAGGCUGCUCCGCUCACAGGAGGAGAGUGACGGAGUGUCUCUGGCGGCCAUGCGGAGGCUGCUGCGCCUGAGACUGGCCCUGGCAGAGUUCUGUCUGGCCGUGCUGGAGGAGCACUGUGCUGAGGAGAAACAACGAGCUCUGGCCCGGGAGAGGAAAACUCCUGCUGAGAUCGCUCUGGAGGAGUUUACACACUGCUCACCUGAACCUGGCUCAGUAGAACAGGAGUGGGUGAGUGUGGGCAGCUCCGUGGGGCAGGAGGCUCUGCUCCAGCUGGCUGCAGUCUCUUCUCUCUGCCUGGAAAACAACAUGGAGGCCAGAGCUCGCUGCCUCAGUCUGAUGGGGAAGUGUCUCAGACUGCUGGCUGUGCAGGAAGACCCUGUUUACCUGUGUUCUCUCUGGGACAGACACAAACAGAAGGAGGCCUGGACCGGCCCUAGAGCUGUUUCCGCGGAGGAGGAGGGGAAUUCAGAGAAAGGCAGAGAAUCGAGCCAAAGAGAGGUGAGGUUGACCUCUGGCAAAAGUGCUGAGCUGCAGCAGGGCAGGAGGCGUGGAGCCCAGCAGUUGUUGGUGCGAGCCAGUCAGUGUCUGUCCUCCUCCAUCAGUCUGAGUCUCCAGCAGCAGCCGUCCUCCUCCUCCUCCUCCGUCCUGGCUGCUUCAUGUCUCAACAUGGUGGAGAGUCUCGGCCAGUCUGACGCUGCAGUGGCGGGUCAAUAUCUCGCCCUGUUUCAGAGCUGCUGCACCGUUGCUACCAUGGCUCGGCUCCUGGAUUGUUCCUGCGCUGGAAGCAGCGUGUCGCAGCUCUCCGCUCUGCUCAGCCUUCACAGGAAGCUGCUCCUCUCUGAGGAGGAGAGGCCCAGCAGCAUGCUGAAGGGAGUGGAGGACUCCCUCAAUAGCCUCUCCAAGGCCUUCAGCCACCUGACCAUCUCUCCCAGCCACCUAAACAUCCUCGCAGAGCUUCCACCCAACCUGAAGAUCCUGCUGCUGCAGCACUCGGAUGAAGGGUCGGAGCUGUAUGGAGCCUUCUAUGAGAUGAGCAAAUCUCCAAAUCAAAAGGGAAAGUCUACACAAGUUACAGGUAGCCUGACGUGCUCCAGGGUGGCCAAGGUUUCAGUUUGCCCACAGGCUCUGCUGGCUCUGAGGGAGCAGACUCGGGCCUUUGGCCGGGAGACGAGACAAGCCUUCCUCCAGCGAGCCUGUUGGCUCGGGGCCCAGGGCAGACCGGAGGCCUCGGAGGAGCAGCAUGUUUCUCCUCCUAAAACUGCUGCAGAUGAAAUGUUGGAACUUCACUUCAGAGACAUUGUACAAAAUAUGGAAAACUAUUUGAAUCCACUUCUCACACAGCUCGACUUCUCAUGCUUAAGGCCCCAGAAUGCAUCACUACCAGUCCCUGAGAUGACCAAAACCAAAGAUAAAGAAGAAAAGGGGAGCUCAGUGGAACCAGGAGAGUCUGUGGUCCUGCUGGCAGACUGGAAGCUGCUGGAGUUGCCUCUGGAAGCUUUGUCCGUCCUGCGUGAUGAAAACCUGAGUUCUGUGUCACGAGACUUCUCCCUGCAGCUUCUCCACAGUCGCCUGAUCAGAGAAGAACCAGACAAAGUUGAAAGUGACAACAAAAAGGAGACCAAAGGUGGCAAGGGAACUAAAGGGAAGGGAGAUCAAAGCCAAGCCAUCAAAGUGAUACCUGGGAAUCGUGUGCUGCCUCCUAACACCUUCCCAGUGGACACGCGUCACUUCAAAUAUAUUGUUGAUCCUCACAAUGAAGCCCACUUUGAAGGGACGACUCUGAGCACAAGGAUGAAGGAGAUUUUGGAAAGCCACAGCCAGCAUUUUACCCAUCUGUGGGAGGGCUUCAUGGGUGGCAAACAAACACCGGGUCUGUGUGAGGUGGAGCAGCUGCUGAGCAGGUGCAGUGCCUUCCUUUACCUGGGGAUGGAGCGCUUCAUGGCAAACAUCCCACCUGCCAAAGUGACCGCCCUCAAUCUGUCUGACUGCCGCAUGGUUCUGCUCUUUGACCUGCUUCAGAACAGCUCCAGCGUUCUCCGCCAGUCAAACCUCGACAUGCACAAAAGAGUGAGCCAGUUGUCCCUGGAGGAACCCCGGCAGACGGCUCUGCUGAUGAGUCUGGCUGGAGUCGGCUGUGUGGUCCUCCAUCAGUGGACCAGCAGCUUCCAGCAGAACACACACAACACAGGCAACAUACUGGACAAUCUCCUGAGGCUCAGGCAGACCUCUGGUCAGAGCGUCCAUGCCCUGAGGAGCUCCCAGAGAGCACAUCACCAGGUUACAGGAUCAGAUGAUGAAGACGAUGUACUCCACACUCUCACUCCGUCAGCCUACAACUGCAUCCUGUAUGGACUCCCCAACUUAAUUGUCACGUAACAUUCUGUAUAUCCUCACUUAUAUUUCAAAGUUCAACAUGAUUGCAGGCAUACAUGUCAGCCAGCUUUUGCAAAUAUUACUGUAGUAUGAGGGGGGUUUGGAAUUUCAUCAAAAAUGAUCCUUGAUUCUUUGCUUCUACAUUUUCCACUGUUAUUUCAUGGGAAUACAGACUUUAAUCUUGAUGUUUUUUAAUAUUGUUUUGAUGUAAGAUAAGAUAUGCAACAUGCCUGACUGCAUGAAAUAAGGCAAAAAGCUCUAAAUGCUCCCGGAGCUUAUAGCUUACAGCUUAUAGAGAUUCACCCUAUACAUGCCUUGCAUUAUUAAAAUACCUGUGUUACUGACUGCUGA